GUCUUUUUUUCCUCUUCCAUCAUCAAGGGCCCAGCAAAUCAUUGACAUCUUUCGAGAACCCUGGACCAUGUUAGAGAGUCACUGCGGGCUGGCGCGUAAGGAUGCCGCAUUCUACCACGAGGAUGGCGAUCUUGUCAUCAGAGUCGAGUCGACGCUAUUCAAUAUCCACCGUUUUCAUUUGCGCGGAUCGGCCGUCUUCCAAAGCAUGUUCUCACUCCCUGUGGGUCCGGGGCAACUGCCUGACGGCCUGUGCGAUGAGUUUCCGCUCCUGUUGGAGGGCUACACUGCCCAGGACUUUCGUGCGAUUCUAAAAUGGAUGUACUCUACUCCGCUGGAGCUGAACAUCCACUGCUUGCCCGUCAGGGCCAUCGCUGAUGUUGUCCCACUCGCAGCGUUCGCGCACAAAUACGAGCUCGAAAUGUGGAGGACCUGGGCCCUGUCCUUCCUUGAUCUCUGUGUUACUGAAGAAACAUCUUUGAAGCCGACUCAGUUCUCGCUGCUCCACACACUCUACGAGCAGAUCAACGACUCUCAGCAACGGCAAAGGAUCAUGCAGUUCUGGGUCCAGUCGCUUGACGGGUUCCUCAGCACCAAAUCGGAAAUCAUCGACGCCAUCGAUGCAGCAGAAACCCAUGGCGAAAGGUAUCCCUUGGCUAAUCUCUACGCGCUGUACAUCCGGCGUUUCUGCCCAAGUACCACCGCGACACUCCUGAAACCCGCCAAGCUAGAAAUCGACACAGGGAGUGGCCUCGAUGAGAUCCACGUGCAGCGAAUCCUGACCGGGCAUAUGUCGCUCGCGCUCGGGUGGUCGAGCUGGCGCGUGAGUCCCGGUAUUGAGCUUCCCUCGCCGCCGUCGGGCGCGAAUUGGGUGGUUUCGGAAGCUUCUUUCGAGUCCGCGUGGCUUAAGGCAGCGGAGGCAGCGGAUGCGGCGUACCCCGACACGAUUGAUGUCCUGGAACGCAUUUCCAUGAUGAAGCAUUAUUUGACGGAGGGUAUGACUGAGCUGACACGAUCGCCGUAUUCGCACAGUCCUGCUCAAUACAAGGCAGUCUCGCAAUCUUGGAGGUUGUAUAUCGCAGAUGUUUGCGCGGAACUGGACGGUUUCCGGCUGGCAGAUCAUUUCUUCUGCUGAAGUGAGUUGGUGCAAUGAAUGUGCUCUGUAAAAAACAGUCGAUGUCAAUGACGGAUUUGAUGUUAUGAUCGAAUUUACACUACGAUUGUAAUUUCACUCAACGUUAGGUGACAGCACUGCGUGGGGACUUG